AUGUUGGGGUCGGCGGGAGGGAGAUGGGGGACGAGAGCUACGGUGGCGGUUGCCAAAAUGGACAUCGCCCAAGCUCAAUCAAUACCUCAGAUCCAGGACUACUACGGACUACAUUACUACGAGAGAAGGAUAUCUCGUUUUCUACUUCACUAUACGGUGUACGGAAUAUGUAAAUCUUAUUUUACUGGAUACUCAUUAUCGUUCGUGAAAAAGCUUCUAGAAUACCCGAGAGAGCACCCCAAAAUCUCGGUGAGCACGAUACAACUACCUGAGAACCUCACCUGCUACAACACGGGCUGCUCGCUGGACCGCUGGGCCCAGAAGAAGCCCCGGCUGAAAUCGGGCAAUAGAAAAAUCAAGCCCAGCAACUUCGAGGUGCUGGACGAGAACGCCUACGACGUCAGCAAGAUUCUGGACACGCUGGACGACCUGGUGGAGGACGACGUCUCCGAGGUGAACCUGGACAUCGAGGAGCUCUGGCGGAAAUCGCAGCGAUUGCGGGAUAGCGACGACGAUGCUCCGCGGGAAGGAGACGGGAAGAAAUGCGGUAAAUCCUGCAAGAAGAGGGUCAAGCUUAAAUUGAAAAAGUGCAUAAAUCUGUCGAUAUCCAAGCCGCCUAGUCCCGGCACGGAGCAAGUCAUUAGGGUGGAUAUUUCUUCAACGGUAUCAGAAGGUGGUAAGUAG